GGACCCUGCGGUGCGGCUGAGCAGGGAGUCAUCACAUGUUGUGUGUAGUUAGCGCCCUGAGAGAGAAAAGGAAAAAAAGAAAGAAAAGAGAGGGAAUUCUCUGGAGAAAUCAAUCAGACGAGGAAAAAAAGUGCAAAUUAAAGCUGUUCACUUCAGUCUAAACCCCUUCUGUAGCUGCGGGACCUCAUGAACCGCCAUGAACCAGGACCGGCAGAAGCGCAAGGAGGAGAUCCAGAAAGCUCUGGCUUUUAUCCAGUCGUCGCUGCCGUACCCCGACCCGGACGGCUACGAGGGCUUCCUCAUGCAGCUGGUGUGUAAUCUGUUGGACGAAGGUAACGCGGCGUUCAGGGAGGGCGACUGGACGCUGGCGCGAGGCCACUUCAGCGAGGGAGUGAGCGUGGCGAGAUACGCUCAGGGCGAAGGAGUGACGGUUCCUGCGGCGCUGCUCGAGAGCCUGUACGUGAACAGAGCUGCGGCGCAACACAACAUGGGGGAGCUGGAGGCGAGUGUGAGGGACUGUGACAGCGCUCUGAGUGUGUGUAAGGACAGCGGCAGGGCUCUAUACAGGAAGGCCGUGUGUCUGAAGGAGCUCGGCCAACUGGACGAGGCGUACAAGUGCAGCACCGUCUGCCUGCUCACCUCUCCACAGGAUGAGAGGGUGAAGGAACUGGCUCAGGACUUGGCAGAGACUCUGGGUCUGAAGACGCGUAAAGCCUACGUUGAUGUGCAGCAGGGUGUGACUGAGACGAACGGAGACGGCAUGCCUCCUCUGGAGUUGAUCUCUAAUGGAGUGGACAGCUUGUGUGAUGCCACAGGUGUGCCUGUGAGCACGUCCUCCGUCUUGCCCGCCCCGGUCCCUGUGAGCGACGCAGCUGAGCCGGCUGUGUGUCUGUCGGUGCCCGUGUCUGAGCAGCUGGGGGACUGUGAGCUGGUGGGGGACGAGCUGGACACGCUUCUGGACUGCGUCUCCAAGCAAGAGCAGCUCCCACAUACCCCCUCUAAAGGCAGCGUCGUCCCCACUCAUGUCCCGGCGAUGGGUCUGGGUCCGUCGUUCCCGCCGCUCCUCCCUGCUCCCUCCCCGUGUCUUCCUCCUGCGUUCUUCCCUUCGGCCGUCACUCACCUGAACACGCUGGACUCGUUCUGUGAGCCGGGUCGCGACCCGUUUCUGUCCGUCAGACCCCUGGACUCGCUCGACUCCUUCUCUCAGGCCUCGUCUCAGGGCUCAGUGCCUCAGCGACCCCCUCUGGUGGUGGGAGGAGAGGGACUCGACUCGCUCUCGGAGUUCACACUGCCCGGUGGUAAAAUCUCUCACACUUUUCUCCCUCCACUGAAGAUCAGAAGCUCCUCUGACUCUGUGAACGCUGUUUACACGAACGGUCAUGUAGCGUCUACCUUAUCCCAGCUUUCCAAGAAUCCUCUGGAACACACACACGACUUCACUCAGGCCUGUUCAGCCUGUUUUAUACGUACAGGUGCGGGCGUGCUGGACUGUGAGUACAAGUCCGAUUUGUCUCACAGCUGUAAGAAAGACAUCCUGCUGUGCAGGAGAAAAGGCGGAGUCAGUGUGCCUUGGAGGCGUGUCCGGCCACGCCCAGCUCGAAGCAACUUCCAGGGUCCUUAUGUGCUCUGUAAAGAGGUCCUAGAGCGUCAGGACUGUAAAUACGGUGAGGCCUGUACCUUUGCAUACUGUCAGGAGGAGAUUGAUGUGUGGACACAGGAGAGGCGGGGCUUAUUGACGCGGGAGCUGCUCUUCAACCCGCUCUCAUCCAAUCAGAGACAAGCGCUGAGCGUCAUCAGACUACUGAAUAUACACGGCGGCAUGUUCAUGUUCCUCUGUGAGGGCUGUUUUGAUGGUAAACCCAGGACGGUCAGUAAGCGCUGUAAGGAGAACCCGUCCUUGUGCUCCAGCAUGGACUUCCCUCAUCAGUUCGACAGAAACAAGUGUCUGGUGCAUGUGGUGAAGAACAGCAGCAGAGUGUGUUACAGUAAGAUCCGGCCCCUCAGCCCCCAUCGUCAGUUUGAUGUGUGUCGUCAUGAGGUGCGUUACGGCUGCCAGCGCGACAAGAACUGCAGCUUCGCUCACUCGCUCAUCGAGCUCGAGUGCUGGAUCCUCCAGAAAGACCAUGGCACCACUCAUGAGGAGAUCGUGCAGGAAUCUAAGAAGCACUGGCACAAGCAGAGACCAGUAACCCUUUCUGUGUCCCAGACCAACGGCAUUACAUUUAAAGGGGAGGGGUAUAACAAAGGGGCAGAGUUAAAUGGGAAGGCGGGACCUGAGCGAUACUCCGGAGCAGGGAGCGCGUCGGUGGUGGUGAAAGUUCACGACCUGCGUCUGACGAUGAAGUUUGUGUGCGGUCAGUGCUGGAGCGUCGGGCUGCCGAGCGAACCGGACAAAGCGCUCAAGUACUGCAGCGCUAAAGCACGGCACAGCUGGAUUAAAGAACGGAGGGUGCUCUUGGUGAAGUCCUUGGACAGGGAGAAGUGGGUGGCCGUGCGACCUUUGCCCUUUGCGAAGACGUACCCUCAGCAGUACGACAUCUGCGUCCAUGUGCUGAAGGAGAAGAAGUGUCACUACAUCGGGAACUGCUCUUUCGCCCACAGCCUGGAGGAGAAGGAGCUGUGGACCUACAUGAAGAACACCGGCUUGCGGGACCUGCAGCAGGUCUACGAUGUGUGGUCGGUGACGGCCAAUCAGAACAAGCGGCCCGACGGAGCGUCAGCGUCCCAGUUAUCAGAGGAGAAGCAGAUCGCCAUGCCGACGGACUUCGCAGACACCACUGAUGGUUUCCACUGCCGCCUGUGUGGGAAGCACAGUAACAGCGAGCGUCAGUGGCAGCAGCACAUCUCAUCCGAGAGGCACAAAGGGCACGUGCUGAGCGGAGCGGGCGAGGAGGAGAGUCUCACUUGGAUCCACCGCUUCCCCGGACCCUACUUCUCCCUCUGCCCCAGGUUGGAGAGCGGCUGUACCGAGGGUGUGAGCUGCGACUACGCCCACAGCCAGGAGGAGCUCCAGGAGUGGCGUGAGAGGCGGGACUUCCUGCGCAAGAGGCUGGAGAGAGCCCGUGCCGACAUGCUCAUCGCCCCGAACGACUACGAUUUCGGGAAGUACAACUUCCUCCUGCUGGACUGAGAAACCACACACGCGCGCGCGCGUGAGCCGCCACACACUGAAGUGCCAUGCAUGCGUUCUCUUUAACUGACCCGUUUUGAUUUAUUUUUAAUUGUUGUAUUUUAGUUUUAAAUAUAUUCCCACUUUCCUUCCAGCCCAGUCUGAGACGGCGAGCUCCAGCGCAGGGUCACGAUCAGUCAAGUGCCUCUGUACAGAGUUCCCUUACUUUAGGCACCUUUUAAUCCGGACACGAGCGUCCUUUCAGCCUCGUUUAACCCCAGCGUCACGUCUGUGCACUGCCCAGUUUAAAGCGCCAGCCAGCACCGCUGCUCGGGACCAGUUCUGUCGUUUAUAACGUGGUGUAUAACUUACUCUAACGAGCUGAUUAACACACAAACUGCACAUUCUCUCGCUUUUAUUACAGUACAACGCAAUACGACGAUCAGACUAACAGAAAUGAUGAGUUUUAUGAUCAUACUGGUGGUUUUUUUUAAUUAUUAUUAUUAUUUUUUAGUUUACAGCUGAUCCUAACGCUUCGCUGAGCCUAAACUCAAAAGCCUACCUUUUUACUACUUCCUAUAGUGAUUGUAUUUUUCUAAUCUGCGGCAAAAUACAGUUUACCGAGAAAGGAAAACAAAACUUGCUGAUUUAUUUUCUUAUCCAUCGGCACCAUUGAGUUGCGUGUAAUCUAUAGAAAGUUACUCGUGUUUUCCCCGCGUCGAUUAGCACAAAAGGCGCUUUAGAGUCGACAACAACCAAGUGAGAGAACGUCCGAAUGAAGGCGCGUCGAUCUGUACAAACCGUCUCAGUCCUCCGAUUGUUUAUUAGAUUAAAAGGAAAAAAACCUGGGAUUAAACUACAUCAUGAGGACGAGGAUGAGGGCUGCGUCUCAAAUCAUACUUGAUCUCUCUCUGUGUAGUGUGUGUUCACACUCAGGAAUACAAAUAAAUAUACGAUGAUGAAAGCUGGGCACUUUUUUUCUGCACAUCAUGCAGCACCAGAACAGAAGGGGAGGAGCUCGGAGCACAAAAUACAAUCCAACAUGGACGCCGGGUUUCACACCUGGAACCGCUAGCUGUGUUUAAACCCAUAAAGCAGACCUCAAGCGCCGUUUGGUUAUGAUGGCGAGCUCGUUUUUGGGCUGGGAUGAAACUGCGUCGUGAUUUUUUUUUUUUUUAAGCAGUGUAAAUCUCCAACCUGGCGUUCUCGGCUCAUCGGAGUUCGUGUAGCCGUUUCCAGUGGGGCUUAAUUUAAUCCGAGUGGCGUGAACUCGCGCCUGAUUUGUCUAAUACAAAACCAAGAAUUUACACCUAGCUCGAUUAUUAAAAUAAAUAAAUCCGUGUGCUGAUGGAGGCUGCGGCGUUUAUUUUGCACCACGAGAGAAUAUGGUGACUGGAGGCAAAUUCACCGUCGAUCAUUAAGAUUGUUCAGCAUGACAUGAAGACUUCAAGCUUUUAUAUUUGUUGUAUAAUAAUAAUAAUUAAUAAUCACUUAUAAUGAGAAGAAAAUAUUACAAACCUUUUCCUUUAUUCAGGAUUUCUUUAUCGGCUAAGAUUUCAUUAAUUGUAGCAGGAGAAAAGACGGAGAAUCCUUCAUUUGUGGGAUUUGAGGAGCAUAGGGAGGGGAAAAAGGUUCGGGGGGAGGGGAGGGGGGCUUUUUCCUGAGUAAUCGACAUCUUAAAUAAGUGUGUGUGUGUUUGAGUAACGUCUGAAAGGCAACAUGGACGAAGGGGAACCAGGUUUUUGAACCCUGAGUGAUGUGCGUGAGUGCUGAAGGAAUUCCAGAAGGCCGUCUUUUCGACACGCAGGAGAACCUGGAGGACGGCGUGUCCUCGCUGAUAAGCUCGUUAGAAGAGACGCAUCGUCUCCAAACCCAAACACACAGAAGCUCCUCGCUGUAGUGUAGCGCUCAGAAGGAGAGGAGCCAGAUGUUUAGGGUUUUCCCCUCCUCCGUGUUCAUGUCGUAUCGUCCCGGAGCUGUUUAUUCUCAGAGCCCAAAUUGUGAUCUCGCUCUUCUUCUCAAAGUCGAACCAAAUCCAGCAGGACCAUGAAGUGCCUGAGUAAUACAGACAGUAACCCACACUGACGUCUGACUACGGACGCAGCCUUAUGAAGGUCACGUGGUGAAGAACCGAAUGGACUCGUGUAGCUGUAGCUAACGGUUUCGCAAGUUCUUUGUGUCUCGCACGCGUCACCGUCUCCGUUCUGAUUGGUCAGAAGGUGUUUACGUUUUCUGUAACGACAGCUCUGACAUCGCAGGUUUGUCUUAAUGCGCUCGUUCUCGUUCUGAUACGCCAUCGUUUCUAUAGUAACCUAGAAGACGCUACAGACACGCACGUUGAUGGAACGGUGUGAUUGUUGAGACGUUGAAGUUUUCUGCGAGGACGUUAUUUUUAUUUAUGUAACUUAUGGAAGCAGUCUCCAGUGCUGGUUUUGUGUUUUAUAGCUGCUCUAACGUAAGUGAUAACGGUGUUCCACACAGAUAAAACUUGGACAUGUCGUGUGUUUUUUUUUUUUUUUUAAAUAGUAAGUAAACGUUAUAAUCCUAGACAAAUUGCUCUAGUAUAAGACGAAUAAAACACUUCAGAAAUGAUCAACUCAGUUGUUGAUUAUUUUCCUGUAACAACACCCCUCCCCUCCCCCAAGUGUUUAACUCGCAACUAAAUACAGACUCGUCUCCCGUUUUGUGUCCUCAUAUUGGCGAUAACUUGUGAUGUGAUGCUAAAGUGCUAGCUAUAGCCUCUCGUUAGCUACAGUACGUGAACCUCGAGAGAUGAAAUAAAACCAACUAGCAGGACGAUGUGAAACAUCUCAGGAUUUCCACGUGAGUGCAUUUAUUUCUCGAUCUCUCACACCAUGACCAGUGCAGAUUGUACAAGUUGUAUACGUUAAUGAUGUCGCUUCUGCACUCGGGCAUCCGCGUGCCUUCAGCGCCCAUCCCAGUGCCUUGAGAUCACGAUGAACCUCACCCGGGGGUCCAAGGAGCAAAUUCUCAUCGUUCACAGUUAACCAAAGUGCGUUAGUUUUCAACAGAAUUCGUCUGAAGAACGUGAGGUCCUUUUUAAACAUCCUCACUUGGGACGUAAGACGUUUUCAACUUCCUGUGGAUAUUUGACACGCAACUGUCGGAUGUUGUUUUAUUUGUUGGUUCGAGUCUUCCGUUCCUCGCUUGAAAAUUGUUCAAUACGCUUCUUUGUUCCGUCGCAGUCUGACUGUUCUCCGGAGGGAAGCUCGUUAAAGCCGAGGAUAAUGACGCUGUUGUGGGGUGGGGUUGUUUAUUUUUGUUUUUUUUCCCUCUCUCUCUCUCCCUUGUCUACAAAGACCCAACAGAUCUUGUGUAGUGGCUUGAGACGAGCGUGUAGUAUCCGUGGACUAGACGUGCCGAUUUCCCAUUUCCUCUGUCACGAUAUCAUGAGAUUAAAAGUUUUACUACAUCUUUCCCUGAGGAGGCGGCACUGUGUUUCAGUCAGACGGGAACUCUUCUGUUCAUUCCUGCAAGUGAGAAGAUUAAAAAAAAAAAAAAUCACAUAAUAAAUAUGAAUAUAAAGGUCACGAGAUUAUUCGAAAUAAAUGUAAGAUCAAAAUCAUUUCUAGACAUUUGUACUCGCCCCUUAGGAGAUGGAUUUCCGUUCUAGGAUGAAUUAUCUGCCAAACAAACGAGAAAAUGAAAUCAAAUCAAAUAAAAAGGUCAUAUACAGGCAUACAUGUGGAAUAUUUCUCUGAAUUCUGGGUUCUGUUUGAUCCGAAGGUGCAGCUUCAAAUCGCAGUUCUUGUUCUAAUACGUCCUCGUUUCUAUAGUAACAAUGUAUUUCAUGUUAACAGAGUUUAAAAUAAGUGUAAUCAUUGAUGUGAAGUUUUCUGAAAGGAUACAUUUAUUUUACUUUUGAACGCUUUUGGAAGGAGUCUCCAGUGCCGUCUUUUUUUUUUUUUUUUUGUGGUUUCUCAGUAAAAGCUGUUUUUGCUUACACAUCUGAGGAAUUGACAAUUUUUUUUUUUUGAAAGAAAGGCCAUGUUACAAAAGUCACAAUGCCACAUUUUAUACUGUGUUUUUUUUUUUUUUAAAGUUUAAAUUCAGUUUUAUAUCACAGUGACAGUGUCUGGGGUGCCAAUACUUUGUAGCGACUGAGACGGGCUACGCUCAUUAAUUUUACACUUGCAGAGUGACCUGUAUAAUAUUUGGAGCUGAUAAAAUGGCAGUUUAAUGUAGAUUAAAGGUUUCGUUUGUCUUGAUCACAGGAAGGAGUUUCUUCACACAGGAAGUGCUCUCACUGUCCAUUGUGUCUGAGUGAUCUGUGAUUUAUAACCAUGCUGUAGUCUCUGGUGUGAAAGCACCGCUGUACUGAGGUCUCCUCCCACAGCACAGCUUUUAACGCGUCUACAUCUGGAACUCCUGUCGAUGGCUUGAGGAUUUUCUUUUCUUUUAUCAAUUCUCUUUAUUUUUCUUAAUUGCUGUUUACUGUGUAAUUGUUUCAUGUAAACCACCACAAGCAAUGGACCAAAUAAUAUGCCAAUAAAUAUUUUUUAUAAAAGAA